AUGACCGGUAUCACCCAAGCAGAGAUGAUUGAGAUCGGCCAAGGCUGCCAUGCAUAUAGACCCGACUUUUCUACAGGAUACGGGUAUAUUCCAAGUAAGGCAGCCGGAGUUACGUUCUGUGUCUUAUUCGGGCUAUCUAUGGCUCUCCAUAUCGCCCAAUUUUGCUGGAAGCGCACAUGGUGGUGCAGUGUUUUUGCUAUUGGAUGUUUAAUUGAACUAAUUGGCUGGGCCGGGCGAACCUGGUCAUCUGAAUGCCCUUACAACUCGACCGCAUUCAUGAUCCAGAUCUCGACAUUGAUCAUUGCCCCAACCAUGUUUACGGCAGGCAUCUAUAUCCUCCUCGGCCGCUUCAUCCAAAUAGCUGGUCCUGAAUCCUCUAUCUUCACCCCAAAGCAAUACCUCUGGAUUUUCUGCACUUGCGACGUCGUGUCGCUCGUCAUCCAAGCUGUCGGUGGAGGCCUGGCAUCCUCAGAAUCAGGCGUAUCCGGCGGCGACACUGCACCAGGUACCCAGACCAUGGUUGCAGGAAUUGUAUUCCAACUCGUCUCAAUUUCGAUCUUUGUGGUGUGUACCAUCGAUUUCGUCCGUCGAGUUACAAGGCUUGGCCUUCUUCGCUCUGCGAAAGGGUCUUUUUUGAUACUGAUGGCCACGAUGGUUAUGUCCGUGCUCUGCAUCUAUAUCCGGAGUAUUUACCGUACCAUUGAGCUGGCUCAGGGCUGGGAUGGGUAUCUUAUUACUCACGAGUCGUAUUUCAUUGGGCUUGAUGGUGUGCUGAUGGUCAUUGCUGUUGGUAUUUUCAAUGUCUUUCAUCCCGGCUGGUUGCUUUCUUCGGUUGAGGGUCUUGCUCUGCCUGCCAGUCGGACUAGCGGAUACAAAGCUAUGGAGAUUAGUAAAUAG